AUGGAACCUUUGGACGAACUCAGAUCACUGUUGGAAGAUGGUCUUCUUCAGUCUGAAGACUGUCUUCACACAGGAGAUGGGUCAGUAAACAACAAGGGAGAGCUUGCUUUUAAGAAGGAAACUGGGACAUGGAAAGCAUGCCCCUUUAUUCAAGGUACUUUCUUUUGUGAACGUUUGGCAUAUUAUGGGAUUGCCAGUAAUCUUGUCACUCAUCUCACCACAAAACUACAUGAAGGAGUUGUUUCUGCCGCAAGAAACGUUACAACUUUUCAGGGAACAUGCUAUCUUACUCCUCUCAUCGGAUCCUUCUUUGCCGAUGCUUACUGGGGAAGAUAUUGGACGAUUGCAGUGUUCUAUGGAAUCUAUCUCAUUGGAAUCUGCAUAUUGACUCUUUCAGCAACCAUUCCAACAUUGGAGCCAAUGGAAUGUGUGAAUUCUGUAUGCCCAUCAGCAACAUCAGCUCAACGUGCUGUAUUCUACUAUGGACUAUUUUUUAUUGCACUAGGGACUGGUGGGAUCAAGCCAUGUAUUUGGCCCUUUGGAGCAGAUCAGUUUGAUGAUACGGAUCAUAGGGAAAGAGCAAGUAAAGGAUCAUUCUUUAAUUGGAAUUAUUUCACUAGUAACAUUGGUGCACUUAUAUCAGUCACUAUAUUGGUAUGGAUUGAAGAAAAUGUUGGAUGGGGCCUUGGAUAUGGCAUUGUUGCAUCGUUUGUCGGUAUUGCAAUCAUAAUUUUAUUUCUUGGUACACCUGUCUAUAGAUUUCAAAGGCCAGGGGGAAGUCCUCUUACAAGAAUUUCCCAGGUGGUUGCUGCUGCUUUGUGCAAGUGGAAAUUGGAGGUUCCACAGGAUAGUAAUCUCCUCUAUGAAAUUGCAGCAGUUAGGAGGGAUACUUCCAUUGAAGAAAUUCCUAAACUAGAGCAUAGCAAUGGAUUGAGGUUCCUUGACAAAGCUGCAGUGAUAUCGGAUGCAGAAAAAGAGAGUGGUGAAGUAACUAAUCCAUGGAGGCUUUGCACGGUAACGCAGGUGGAGGAGUUGAAGAUUUUGAUCCGCAUAUUUCCAAUCUGGGCAACAGGAAUCAUUUUCUGUGCGGUUUAUGCUCAAAUGUCUUCAUUGUUUGUUGAACAAGGGAAGAUGAUGGACACAACAGUUGGUUAUUUCACUAUUCCUGCAGCCUCUCUUUCAACUUUUGACAUAAUUAGGGUCACUAUUUGGGUUGCCAUAUAUGAUAGAGGGAUUGUUCCAAUUGCAAGGAAACUCACUGGCAAGGAGAGGGGCUUCUCAAUAUUGCAAAGGAUGGGAAUUGGCCUGUUCCUCUCCAUCAUUUGCAUGUCAUAUGCUGCUUUUUUAGAGAGUAAGAGAUUACAAAUGGCAAAAGAUCUUGGAUUGUUUGAUGAAGAUGUUCCUGUUCCACUAAGUAUAUUAUGGCAAAUACCUCAGUAUUUCUUGCUUGGUGCUGCAGAGGUAUUCACCUUUGUUGGACAACAUGAGUUUUUCUAUGAGCAAGCACCAAAUGGCAUGCGUAGUUUCUGCAGUGCAUUGGCACUGCUUACAAAUUCAAUUGGGAAUUACCUCAGCUCUUUGAUUCUCAUUAUUAUUGAUUACCUCACAACGAAGAAUGGAAAUUGUGGAUGGAUAGCAGAUAAUUUGAACGAGGGUCAUCUUGACUACUUUUUCUGGCUUCUAGCUGCACUCAGUUUCUUAAACAUGGUGGUGUAUAUUGUCUAUGCUAGAUGGUACAAACCAAAGAAGGCUUAUCAUAGGAGUUUUCCUCAAAGGAAUUCACUUUUCAUUUUCAAUCACUACAUAUUGAUUGAUUCUUGUGGUUGUCGGAGAACAAGGAAGCUGCGAGAAUAUUGGGAAAGUAAGGACCUUGAACAGCAAAGCAACAGUAAAACAGAGCUUGAACGGGAAAGCAGAGCAAAUGUUGGAAAAGCUGAUUUCUCUGGUGAACACAGAAGCAGAGGAGAUGCCGGAAAAGCUGAUUCCUCUGACAAAGUGGAGUGGGUGAGCUGGCAAGGAGGGGAGAAACCGUUUCUGUUGAGGUUCCAACUUUUCAUGCAGGAAAAUGUGGAGGAAGACAAUCGAGCAAACGCCGUUUGGUCUGAAAUGGGUUAUGUUUCUGGUUAA